AUGUUGUUGCUUACAGCGCGCUCAUUCCCGAAUGGACAGGUCAAUUCAAAUUCCUCUUUUGAUAAAUAUUCGCCUAUUGGAAAGGUUACAGGCAAAUCAAGCUUCGACCUUGGCAUCUGCUUAGGCGUCGGAGUACCUUUUGUUACACUACCUUGUGCAUCUAGUAUUUCAAAGCCAAACUUUGCUAUUUAUCCACACCCUCCUACGCCGUUAGAACUAUCCCCCUCAAGCUAUUCGCCGGAAUUUCUUCAUAGUUAUUAUAAUCUUUUACAUAACCCUAAUCUUAAUCAGCCACAAAACAUUUUAAGAAAUUCCCAAGUGCAGCCUCAAAAUCCAAUUGAUUUUCAUCAGGUGCUGCACGAAGAACCACUUUUCUCAACAGUUAACAAUAAGUUUUAUCAAAAAGAACCAGUAAAUUUAACAAUUCUAUCUCUCGGUAUGCCCAAACCAAGCAUAAUGAUUCACGAGUCUCAUUUAAUAGCAAAUCCUCACUCAUUCAUUUCACCAUCUGAUGCAAUAGAGUCAAAAAAGUCAGGCCAUUUAAGUAAUGGUUUUGGUUUGACUACAGAACUUGGACUCAAUACAAGUGAACCAUCGACCCAUUUAUCAGAGUACAUGAGAUACCCUCGAAUAUAUACCUCGGCCCUAACUGCACAUCAUACGCCCAGAUCGGGAAGCGUUUUUAAUAAUGUUACUGAAAAAGAUCAUAGGACAUUUAUUCAGAGAAAGAACUCCAUUGCGAAAGCAAGAAAAAGAUACCUUCAGAGGCAGAAAGGUCUGCUUAUAGAUGACUACUUAAAUGAACGUAUUCCUGGACCUAGCAAAAGCAUUGAAGAACAAAAUCAAUUUAUAUGUGGCGUAGAAAAUGAAUCGCAUCAAGUUGAAAAAAAUGAAAAAACGUCAUGCCAAGGACUCAAUUUCAUCAAAAGCCACUUGAAAGUAAAAAUGAAAAAAUCAUCUAUUUGCAGACAAGUUGAAAUAGAGUCUCAUUUAGAGCCAAAUCUAAACCAAAAAAGGUCAUCUAUACCAAGGUUUUCUGCUUCUCCACCUAUCCAGAUGUUUAAGGUAGGCUUAUUUCACAACCAAAUAUUUUAUCUUAGUUUAUCGAUAGAUUAUAGGAAGAUCAUCAACUAUACUACUUAUACUCAAGAAUUACUUCGUAAUAUUCUAUAUAAUAAUUAA